CCGCCGCCAUCGAUUCCGCUGCCGCCGUUGCCAGCUAUGACGAGGCCUCGCGGAGCCGACCCGGCUGGAGAAGCAGCGUCGGACAAGGAGCGGGAGCGCGCAUAUGCAGCUGUUGUUGUUUCACCACGACAAAGGCCGCCUGCAGCGACCGCCAUCCCUCGCUCCAUCACCUCGUCGCCAUCUAUCCCUACCCUGCGCACCCAGGCAUCCUCGCCGUCGCCGUCGCCGUCGCGAGUGCCGACGCCCAACUUGCGCAAAGCCGUCAGCAUCGAAGCCUUCUCGCGGCCCCCUGCCAGUGGCAUUGGCUCAGCCAGCCCCCUUGCGCAACUGCCUUCGUCCAGCCCGAGAAGCUCCUCGCAGGCCUCGAGUCCUCGACUGCUUAACUCCCAUUCUUCUGCCGUACCGCGCCUACCCUUGACCGUUGCCCAACCCCAUAGCGGACUGCGCAAACCACAAUCCAAGCCGUCUCUUCGCAAUCUGCGCUCCAAAACCUCUACUGCCUCGCUCAGCACCACCGUCGUUAGCGCCGUCCGCACGUCCAAGAGCGAGAGCUUGCUGAGCAUUCCCUCUCCGCCCGGGAGUCGCUCGUCCUCGGCUCCCGUCUCCCCGGCUACCCCUCUUACCCCCAACACCCCCGUGGCCGACAGUACCAUGCUCGAAGCAUCCAAUGCCGACAAGGAUAAAGAGGCAAAGGGAAACAUCACCGUCAGCGUCCGUGUGCGCCCCGACGCUGCAGCAGACACCCAACCCGACGGAGAAUGGCUGGUCGAUGGACGGCGCUCCCUCAUCAGCUACGAAAGUGGAGAGUAUCGCUAUGACAAUGUAUUCUCACCACACGAUCAAAAUGCCCGAGUAUACGAAUCUGCCGCCAAACGUUUGGUGCGCCGUGUCAUGGAAGGCUACCAUGGCACUGUAUUUGCCUACGGAAUGACGGGUACUGGUAAAACAUUCUCGAUGCAGGGUACUGCCAUGUCUCCUGGUGUUAUCCCGCUCGCCAUCACCGAUAUCUUCUCAUAUAUUCGCCAAAACCCAGCUCGCGAGUUUUUGUUGCGUGUCAGUUAUCUCGAAAUCUACAACGAGAAGAUCUACGAUCUGCUGAAUCCGGACUCAAACGAAGAAAUCAAGCUGCGAGAAGACCCCCGACGUGGUGUUUAUGCGACACCCUUGAAGGAAGAGAUCGUACAAAGCCCUAACCAGCUACUCAGAGUCAUCGCGCGAGGUGACCAGCAGAGGCGUGUGGCAGGUACCCAGUUCAAUGCCCGCUCUUCACGCUCUCACGCUGUCGUGCAAAUUGUCGUCGAGUCGCGUGAACGCUCUGCGGGCCCUGUCGGCGACACGAGGCGGGACAAGCUGCUACCGGGCAGCGUCCUGGUGUCGACCCUAUCCCUGAUCGAUCUUGCUGGUUCCGAAAAAGCAGCAGAGAGCAAGGAGCGCCGCACCGAAGGAGGUCACAUCAACAAGUCCUUGCUAACGCUAGGUACUGUUAUCGCUCGUCUGUCCGGCGACAAGGAAAUCGCCGACAAAGAUCAAAAGCAUCUUCCCUACAGAGAUAGCAAGCUCACCCGUCUUCUACAACCCGCUCUUUCUGGGAACUCUCUGGUCUCCAUCCUUUGCACCGUGCAGCUGUCUUCAGCUUCGAGCAGCGCUGCCGCAACCUCCUCGCACACGACCGAAACCUUAAACACACUCAAGUUCGCAAGCAGAGCUAAAAACAACCUUGUCAGCCAUGCGAAACGGAACGAGUCCAAUCCUUCCGAUGGCGCAGAUCCACGAAGUCGAGCUUUGCUGGAUAGGUACAAGCUCGAGAUUAUCGAAUUAAGGGGCCAACUGGAAGAACAAAGCAAAAUCAAGAAUGAGGCCGAGAAGGCCGAGAAAGUAGAGAUCGAAGAGGAGCGCUGGAGAGAACGAGAACGCGAGAGUGCCGAACGCCACGAAGAGCAAAUGCUGGAGAUGCAGCUCGCCAGGACUGCCCUGAAAGAGCGCAUCGCCCAUCUGAACCGACUGAUUCUGAGUUCCAAGUCGCUAGGGGUGAACUCGGGCCGCUUCUCUAACGCCAGUUCGAGCAUGCCAAUCCUCCAGCGAACGAGCACACAGAGCACCUUGGAACGACCGAGGAGCCGGAGACCAGGAAGUAGCGGGAGUCAGACCGCAUCGAGUCGCAUCCAAUCGGGCUCCACCAUAGCGGGCAUGCUUCCCAUAGCACGGACCUCGCAAAUCGAACUGGCUUCGGCAUCAGAAGACGAGAACGAUGAUGAGGAGAUGGCAGCUGACGAGGACGCCUUGAACCCCGGGAGCGCCUCCUCGGCUCGCCAAAUCAGUGCUUUGCAAGCCGAUCUCGCAGACAAGGAUAGAUACAUUGCGACUCUGGAGAAGCGUUUGUUGCAGACUCGCAACAACUCUUACAGCAAAGCGAGCAGCGCAAGAUCACCUCUUGCCAGCCGUGUACCUUCUCGAGAUGGGCAGAACGCAGAUGCCGUUAUCAAGGAGAAGGACCAUGAGAUCGAACGACUUAAGCAAAAGCUUGAAGAUCAGACUCGUAUGGUGCACGCACUCAGAAACGCAGCCAGAAAACGCGAUGUGCUCGAUACCUCUGGGGCUAUGUCUCAACACCCAGCAUUCAGACAAAGCCCCACGGCAUCUCCGGACAAAAGGGAGACACGCACACCAUUCCGCAGCAUGAGUCGACCAGAACUCUUCCGCAGUGCCAGUGGGCCUGUCAGUGCUGUCAACCAGAUAUCACCGCCUAGUUCGCCGCCUCCUGAAGUACAAAACUUCUCCCGAUUGUCAAAGCACCCCACUUCCUCAUCGAUCAACGUGGCAAGAGUCACGAGCGCUAGCAACGCGCCUGGUACCAGGAGAACCGUGGAUGAGAUGACAAAGCUUUUGGAUGAGAUGAUCCAAGACAAGGUCAACACUGGCCAUGUGAUCCGCGGUGACAGAGGCAGCUUGCGGGUGAAGCGCGACACAGUCAUGAGUCGUGCAGGCAACGAG